AUGGCGGUGGAACCCGGGCGCCCGUGGGCCCAGGCGCGCAGUGCAUACGGCGCGAGCGAGGCGCUGCGAAGGGCCGCCGGCCGCCGGCGGGACAACGGGUCGCAGCCCAACGGGCCAGGCCCUGAAGAAGCCCGCGCCCCGGGCCGCCUGGCUCGCCUACGGGGCCAGAUCCGGGCCGAGGCGGCGGCGCGGGCUGAUGCGCCCCGGCUGCUUCGGCUGGUGGAGCGCGCGGGGGCCGCGGCCGGGGAAGCCCGGGCGCCCGGAGCCGGGGAGCGGGCGGACGCGCGCAGCAGCGGCUCGGUGUGCUCUGUGUGCGGGGAGCCGCGCGGCGGGGCCACCUACCCGGCUGGCGUCCUGGAGGUGAGCGAGAGGCGGCUUCAGGAGGGCCUGGCGGCAGUGCGCGCGGAGCUGGGCGCGGGGCUGGAGGCGCUGCGCGCGGAGCUGCGUGCGGAGCUGGACGCCCUGCGCGCACUGCUGCCGCCCCCGCCGCCGUCCGCCCGCCGGGAGCCCCGAGCCGCCCCGCGCGCCGCGCCCCGCGGCCCGGCUCUGCUGAGGGCGCUCGGCACCAUGAACGCCCUGGCCGCGGUCGCGAGGCACGCCGACGACGCACCGGGCGGCCCUGCCGACGGCAACGUGAACCGGGCCCCGGCCAGGAAGAACUUCAAGAAGACGCCGGUGCCGCCAGGGGCCCCGCAGGGCGGCGGAGAUUGA